UUUUCCUUUGGAUAUAAAACAAAUUAGCCAAUUUUCAGUUAUUAACAUACAUGGUGAUUUCGUAUCGCGAUGUUGACGAUGAUUCUUACAAUUCAGCGGUAAUUUGGUAAUUGCUACGUACAUUGUGUUUUUACUGGUUACGACAUUGUUUCGUAUAGCGCUGUUUCUUCCGCAUUAUCAACGGAUACACUUCGUUUAGGUAUAAUAUAAUGAUAAUUACGUAAGAAAGAAAAAUAGUUUAGUUUUGUAUGUCAUGAAUUAGCAAAAAUCAUUAUGACAUAAAAAAAAAAACAAAGUAUUUUGCAAGUAACUUGAUAUUUGAUAAGAUUGAAAGACAUGCAAAUAAAAUUGUUGGAAAAUAGAAAAUAUUUCCCCCUAAAAAACUUAAAAUCUAUAAUUAAUCCCGACAUUAAAUAUAUCGCAAUUGUAAACAUCGUAGGGUCAUACGUUGAACUGAAUAAGGGCCCGUCUCCGGCUUAGACUCAAUGAAGUUAAUUACGUAUAUUAAGAGCUUCCCGUUAUUCAACUUAAAGUAAAUAUAUUUGAAGUGUAGUUUUACAAUUUUCAUAGAAAAUUAAAAAUAAAGGUCCUUAAAUUACAAAUAAGGUCAAUUAAGGAAUUAUUUCCGUUAAGCCGCCUUUUCUUCUUUCAAUUGAUUUUUAAAAAGUAAUUUCAUAAAAUGCCGCGUUAUUAAAUACAUCAAACUAUAAUUCUUGUUUGUCGGAUUGAAAAUAUUUUCUUGGAAUAAUUAUCAAGUUUCAUUUCACAGUGUCAUUAUUGUGUAAAAAAUAUGUCUUUCCUAGCUUUUCCGGUUUGAUGACUACUCAAUGAAAAUCGAAAGGUUCUAUGCACUAGCAUAAGCCGAGCGACAUUCUCGUAGAUAUGCAUACGCACAGGAUACACACAAGGUCGCGCGCGUUCGUAAUUGCAAGCUGCACGCUUCCGUUAAGAGUCAAAAAUUAGCUGGGGUUUAACCGUCGACUUAACGACGAAGAGCCUCAAUCAGUAAGCGAAGGAUAUAACAUUAGCCCUCUGGUCAAGCACGCCCACAUCCCGUCGACGUGGUGUUAUAAAAACCGCGCGUAACCGGCGCGCAUGAUACAUUUGGUUGUAGAAAAGUGACACAUCGAGGUGCAAGCAAACAUACGACGAUGCACGUGUCGGUGAUCCUCGGCGUAGUGUUGCUACAGGCGAUUUACGUGUCCGCCGGGCCACCCGACUGGAUACCCCCGGAAAUGUUGGAGAUGGUUCAAGGUGACAAAGAACGAUGCAUGCAAGAACACGGAACGUCUCAAGCGCUUAUCGACGAAGUUAACGACGGGAAACUCACGAAUGAUCGGACUAUAACGUGCUACAUGAACUGCCUCCUCGACGCCUUCAGUUUGGUCGAUGAUGAAGGUAAUUUGGAAGCUGAGAUGCUGAUAAGUGUUAUCCCAGAGCAAUUUCAGGAGAUAGGUAACAAGAUUUUGAACAAAUGCGCCGUACAAGACGGCGCGGAUGCAUGCGAAAAGAUCUUCAAUGUGGCGAAAUGCGUCCAAGCAGAAGUACCAGAGUUGUGGUUUAUGGUUUAAUUCGACGCUUGGGAGGAGAGUUUGCUCCAUAAUCACGUGCGACGAUAUUCUCCAAUACAUAUCCCGCAUAAUGUUACGAGCGAAACAACUGGCUCGUGAACAAAAGAAGAAAAAUAAGUGUCAAAGCAGUAGCCUAGGAAUAUAUGAAUUAUGUAUAUUUAAAAAAUACAUUUUGUGUAAUAAUAUUAGUAAUUAUUAUGAACAUGCCAUGCGGCCUAAUAUGAAUAAAAUUGAUAGAAAAUGUUGAUGUUUGACAUUAAAAUAUUGGCUAAGCUAUAAAUAUGCAUCAAAACUAAAUCAGAUCCAAGUACAGUGGCAAAUUAAAGGGAGGACCGUCGAGAUAUCAAUGCAUAAUCACGACCUAUUUAUAAGUUUAUGUUUAAUUAAACCAUUUUUUAUGAUUUUA